AUGCGAGACUAUACCAAGACUACUUUUCAGAGGAUCCCACCUACGGCCCGGCUAUUUUUCGGCGCAGUACAAUCUGUAGUAGAGCAUGAUAGCUAUUUCAUGCAGAAAAGAAAUAGUGCUGGGAUUCUUGGGUUAUCUCCUUUGCAGAAGAUUACCGCUGCAUUUCGCAUGCUAGCUUAUGGAGUACCAGCGGAUGCUACAGAUGAAUUUAUUCGGAUUGGAGAAAAUACUGCUAUAGAGAGUCUUAAAAGGUUUGUACAAGCUGUUGUGGAAGUAUUUGGUGAUGAAUAUCUGAGAUCUCCAAAUAAUAUUGAUACUGCUAGGUUACUUGAAAUGGGAGAAGUAAGAGGUUUUCGCGGGUCUCACAAUGAUAUUAAUGUUCUUCAUCGUUCCCCUCUAUUUGCAAAGCUGACCGAAGGACAAGCUCCAGAAGUAAAUUACACCAUCAAUGGUCACAACUAUACAAUGAGCUAUUACUUGGCAGAUGGCAUAUAUCCACCAUGGGCAACUUUCGUGAAGACAAUAACAUCUCCGCAAGGGAAUAAGAAAAAACUUUUCUCGCAAGCUCAAGAAGGUGCUAGGAAGGAUGUUGAACGAGCAUUUGGAGUUCUACAGGCUCGUUUUUCCAUUGUUCGUGGACCAACAAGGUUUUAG